ACAGAGAUGCUUUCUUAGCAUUACAAACUGCAGCUUCAUUGCAUUGUUCUCAACUUACCUUGUGGUCUGCAUCUUUUUAUCACCGAAUUAAGUUUAUCAUAUCUGUCUUAAGAUAUCUGCACUUACUCUAAAACUCUCUUAGUAAAAAUAUUCUUUCAAACAAGGAUAUGCUGCAAUCGAAACCAAGAGUUUACUUACCUUAUAUUUGAUAUCUCAGUGGAAUAUUCCUACUUUUGCUGAUUGGGUUGUUGCGACUUUUUGGCAAAAUCUUUUACCCCUUGAGAUAAGCUGGUCUAUCUAUAUAAUGUUUGGAUGCAUGCAGGUUUGGUAGUUGGAGGAAUUUUCAGCUCUAUUGAGUCAUGGGCUUCAACUAUCUUCUACCGUUGCUUUUACUGUCAUUGUUGGUUGCUGAUUGUGCCUCAAGGCCAUUGUAUCGUCUCCCAAGUGAAGCAAAACAUGCAACCAAGAAACCUCUUCAGACUUCUCGUCCUUAUAACCUUGCACACAGAGGAUCAAACGGAGAGUUCCCUGAAGAAACUGCUCCAGCAUAUAUGAGGGCCAUUGAGGAGGGUGCAGACUUCAUAGAAACAGAUAUUUUAUCAUCAAAAGACGGUGUUCUGAUAUGUCAUCACGAUGUUAAUCUCGAUGAUACAACCGAUGUUGCAGACCAUAAGGAGUUUGCUGACCGUAAGAGAACUUAUGAAGUCCAAGGAAUGAACAUGACCGGCCUCUUCACUGUUGACUUUACUCUCAAAGAACUGAAAACACUUGGUGCAAAGCAGAGGUAUCCUUUCAGGGAUCAACAGUACAAUGGUAAAUUUCCGAUUAUUACCUUCGACGAGUAUAUUUCGAUAGCACUGGAUGCACCUAGAGUAGUUGGGAUAUAUCCAGAGAUCAAAAAUCCGGUUUUCAUGAAUCAGCAAGUGAAAUGGGCGGAUGGUAAAAAGUUUGAGGAUAAGUUUGUGGAAACUCUGGAGAAAUAUGGAUACAAAGGCUCAUAUAUGUCUGAAGAUUGGUUAAAGCAGCCAAUAUUUAUUCAGUCUUUUGCAGCAACUUCGCUUGUUUACAUUUCAAGCAUGACUGACUCACCAAAAUUGUUCUUGAUCGACGAUGUCACUAUUCUAACAGAAGACACCAAUAAGACAUACGCGGAGAUUACAUCAGACGCAUAUUUAGAUUACAUUAAACCAUAUGUAAUUGGGAUUGGUCCAUGGAAAGACACAAUUGUUCCUGUGAACAACAACCGUCUGAUGACACCAACAGAUUUAGUAGCAAGAGCGCAUGCGCGUAAUCUUCAGGUACAUCCAUACACAUACCGUAAUGAGAACCAGUUUCUGCAUUUAGAUUUUAAUCAAGACGCAUAUCAAGAGUAUGAUUAUUGGCUCAAUAAGAUAGGUGUUGAUGGUUUGUUCACUGAUUUCACCGGAAGUCUACACAAUUACCAGGAAUUGAGGACUCCUUUGCCACAGCAAUAGUGACUCUCCUUAGUUGGAUUUGUUCUUUUAUUUGCAUUCUUAAGCUAGCAAAAUUUUGUAGAACCCUUGGAACUUUUCAUGUUCUUCAAUAUUAUAAUAAAUUGCUUCCACUUUUUCCAAAUAGCUCUCAGAACUGAUAGUUGCAACACUUACAAAGAUUUAAAAGUCAAUUCUCUUAUAACAUGAACUAAUUUAA